CUGCUCAUGUGUCACCGCUGAGUCUCAAUUAUUAAGAGCGCAGAGAAUCAAUAAUUGAUCAAGUGAACGUCCGUGUGUGAGAACUCGACGGAAAAACAUGCGUGCGCGCGCCGCCUGGCCAAUCAGAAGCGUAGGUUUUGACGUUUCCGUGAGCGCCGACCAAUCAGAGCGCAAAUACCCUGAACUUCCUGCUGUGCGUCACUCGGAGAGCCUUAGAAUAAUGCUGGAGUGAUAAUAAACGGGAUGUUUAUAAUGUACGGAGUAAAUGAAGAGUCACUGUACAGUUCUUAAACUCCACCUACGGGAUGUCGGUCUCCUCGCUGUGGGCGGUGGAUGUGUACGGCCGGGUGUUCAGUCUGUCAGCCUCUAGGGGGCGCUGGAUCCGAUCUGCUGACCCACUGCUGGAGCUUAAGCGGCUCUCGGGCUCCAGGCUCUCCUGCUGGGGCAUCGGCUGCGACCAUCAGAUCUACCUCAACGUCUGCCCCAGUCCUGUGCCUAUUCGACACCAGGAGGAGACCUACGAGAACCAGAGGUGGAACCCGGUGGAUGGGUACACAGAUGCUCUUCUGCCGACGGACCGCUGGCAGUGGACGGAUGAGUCCGGCUCGAACCCUCAGCCUCUGCACAGUUUCCAGCUGCCGUCUGCUAACUGGGAGUGGGAGGGAGACUGGUACGUGGAUGACGAAAGCUGUGGGAGAGAGUCCACCGAGACCGGGGGCUGGGAGUACGCUGUGGACUUUCCUGCAACCUUCACUAAAGAGAAGAAGUGGAAUUCAUGUGUUCGUCGCCGGCGAUGGCUUCGCUACAGGAGAUACAAAGCUCUGGGAUCAUGGGCUAAGGUGUGUGUGGACCGAGGCCGAGUCCCUCCAGAGCCCUUCAUUGACAUUAGCUGCGGCGGCUGGAGUAUUAGUGACGACCCAGAGAAAUACAUUCAUCUGUGGGCCGUUUCUCAGCAAGGACAGUUAUGGCUCAGGUCAGGUGUCAGACAGCAGAAUCCGGAGGGCGAGCGCUGGGACUCUGUUCAGGUCCCGCGGGAGGUUUGUCAAGUCUCCUCGGGGCCCGGAGACCUGCUGUGGGUCGUUCUGUGGGAUGGACAAAUGCUGAGCAGACGUGGCAUCACUAAACACUGCCCUACAGGCUCAUCCUGGGAAUUAGUGCAUCCUCCCAGUCAGAAAGGAGCCAUUCAUGUGGCGGUGGGGAUGAGCGUGGUUUGGGCCAUUACAAAAGACAACAAAGUCUGGUUCAGGAGGGGCGUGAAUUCCCACAAUCCAUCUGGCACAGGCUGGAUCAGUAUUGCUGGAGAGAUGGUGAUGCUCAGCAUUGGGCCCAAUGACCAGGUGUGGGGUGUUGGCAGUGAUGACCGGAUGGUGUAUUUUCGUGCUGGUGUAACAGCGUCUGAGGUCACGGGCAGGUCAUGGGUCGCGGUGUCAGCUCAGCUCGAUGGCCUUCAAAGCACAAAUCAUUCCAGUGAUGUCACAGUCUUCGCUGGUGAUGUCACCGCCCCGUCGCAGGGCUCAGUUCUGAGCUGUGAGGACGACCACGAUGACGAAAACCCCAAAGCACACGUCCCGAAGAUCAGCAGUGACAGCUUCAUCUCUGCGCUGGUGUCUGAUCGCCCUACAGGACCUGAAGGAGAGCAGAAGCCUGGACCAUCAUUACCCAGCAUCCCCUCUGAUGCGCCGUGGAGCACCGUGGACCUGCAGGAGAAGCGGGCGUCUGUGGCCACCGUCCCCAUUCAGAUGCAGAACAGCACCAGCAGUGUGCUGCAGGAGGAGACCCCCCCCUGGGCGUGGGUCACCGCCGGAGGAUGUGACAUCACUUCCUGCGCUGGCCUCCAGUGCUUUCAUAGCACAGAUGCAGAGCCGCUCUCUCCAUCCAUCACUCCUGCACUCAGAGCUGCAGACACACACACGGCAGCAGCACAGCAGCACAGAGACGCCUGCGCAGACCAGAGUGUGCGAGUGACGCAGGGCUCUAUGUGCUGGUGGAGGGACUGGACGCCGUAUCAGUGGGAGGAUGUGUGUGUGAUGUUGGAGCAGGUCAGCGGUGCUGGAGCUCAAAUUGGAGACAUACUGUACAUCUACUACACACACCAGCAAGAGAAGAAGUUUCUGUAUGCUGUGAUAAAGGAGGUGACGGCGCUGGUUCCCAUGUUCAGGGACUCUCUGUACACUGUGGCGGUGUACACACCAGAGAGAACCAAACAGAGAAAACCCAUUUUACUGGCAACACCCUCUCAACAAGACUUCAGCAGCUGGUUGUGUGUCCUGAAUGCGUCGUGUUGUGGAUCCAGGGCUCUGGGGGAUCAUCCGUCUGCACAGGCCCUGUGGGCGGUCACCUGUACAGGGGAUGUCAUGGUUCAUGAGCCCUCCCCCAGUCUGGAGGCUCCGGCACAGUAUUUACCCUGCGAUCAGAUGUUCUGGCGUCAGGUUCCCGCUCAUCUGCUGUGUGUGGAGUGCAACAGUCUGGGUGUGGUGUGGGGCAUCGGGCACGAUCACACAGCCUGGGUCUACACUGGGGGGUCAUCAGCUCAGGUGUCUGGACCUGUGAAGCUGAAUGAGGAGGUCAGUGAUGUGAGGAGUGUGUGCAUCUAUGAGAACCAGCGCUGGAACCCAAUGACGGGAUACACUGACAAAGGUUUGCCGACUGACCGCUACAUGUGGAGUGACUCAUCCGGCUUCAGAGAGAGCACUAAAGAAAACACCAGACCUCCGUCACCGCAGUGGACAUGGGUUUCUGAUUGGACAGUGGACUUCAGUGUCCCAGGAGGGACAGAUAAAGAGGGCUGGCAGUACGCUGCAGAUUUCCCUGUGAGCUUUCACGGGUGCAAGACGAUGAAGGACUUUGUGCGGCGCCGGCAGUGGGCAAGGAGGUGUGCACUCAGCCUGACGGGGCCUUGGACGAAGGUGCCUCCGAUCGCUCUGACCGAUGUGACCAUCCUGCCAUGUCUGUCCCAGUGCCGGCUGGAGCAAGUGCCCGUCUGGGCCCUCAGUGAGAAGGGGGAUGUGCUGUGCCGGCUGGGGGUCACUCCUGAUAAUCCUGCAGGCAGCUCGUGGCUUCAUGUGGGCACCGAUCAGCCCUUUAAGUCCAUCAGCAUUGGAGGAGGUCAUCAGGUGUGGGCCAUCGCCCGGGACGGGGCCGUCUUCUACCGGGGCUCCGUUUCCGCCAAUAAUCCAGCAGGCGAGUGCUGGUACCACAUCCCGUCUCCACCGCGGCAGACGCUCAAGCAGGUGUCAGUGGGCAGAACAUCUGUUUACGCUGUGGAUGAAAGCGGUAAUCUGUGGUUCAGACAGGGUUUGACACCCAGCUAUCCUCAGGGCUCAGCAUGGGAGCUCAUCUCCAAUAAUGUGUGUAAGGUGUCUGUCGGACCGCUGGACCAGGUCUGGAUCAUUGCUGAUAAAGUGUCAGGUCAUCCAGCUGAGAGCUCAGGAACGGUCUGCCACAGAUUGGGAGUGAAGCCCAUGCAACCCAAAGGCCUGAGCUGGGACUACGGCAUCGGGGGUGGAUGGGAGCACGUGUGUGUGAGAGGGAACUCAGUGGAGCUCCAGCGGGCGACUCCUCGCAGCCCGAUGCCCAGACCCAGAGCUGAGAUUCAGGUGAACGGCAAUGCUGUGGGCUGCUAGACCCGUGCACACCUUCAUCUUCAUCAUGCACGUCAAAGUUUGCACUUGUUGGAAAAACUAGGCAUGGGACGAGGUUUACAGCGGUGUGGAAAAGUCAAGGUUUUAAAACCACCAAGAGCUUCUGUUACACUGCUCCUACAGGUACAUCCAAGUGACUAUUUUAUUUAUUUAUUUACGGCAGCAGCAUCUCCAGCAGAAGAUGAGCCUCCACGUCAAAAGCUGCACAAUCAAAACGUCUGAGAAACAAAUCACUGAUACACCAACAUCCUGUAGAGCUGAGCAGUGCAGCGGCUUUACUGUGUAUCUAUGUAUAUUUGUGCAAUAUAUUUGAUUAUACAUUAGGGAAGAACUUAUUUUAGAGCAGUAAUCACCACUGCAUGGGGUGUCCAAACUCGGUCCUGGAGGGCCGGCGUCCAGUUUA